AACAAGUCAAUUCAUGAGAUGUUCAUCAGAAUUUAACCUGAAAUGUUCACGAGCUCGUUGCUUUAAAAAACACUGUGCAUCUCACCCAUGAAAGAGGACCAUGAAUUGAAUUAGGUUGGAAUUUACCAAGAUAAAUUUAGUCCAUAAAUUUAGGGGGAUUUAAACAAGCAAUAGAAGAGGAGAAUGGCGUCAGAGAGUUCUCCUAGUUCUUCUACAUGUACUAGUGUGGAUGAAUUCGAUGAAUCUUCUGGUCAUUUGGAAUUUCGGAAGCGGAAAACCAAGGACGACUCUUAUGGAAGAGAUUUUAAAAUAGCAAGAGGUUCACAAUCUAAAGGAGAAAGUGUCUCCAAUUGGAAGAUCCAUAAAUUGGAUAAACUUGGUUUGUCAUACAAAAAUCACACAUCAAACUUCCAAGACUUCUUUAAAGUAGUAAAAAAAUUUGGUUUUGGUCCCCUCUCUGAAGAAAAGAAAAGCAUUUUAGAGUCUCUAACGGAAUUGAUUAAAAAAGCAAUGUCAAAGACGUCCUUUAACAUAAGACGAAAGGAGAAUGCUGAAUAUUGUAAAGGAGAGCUGAAGAGUUGCAUUGAGGUGACAGAAGAGAUAAAACCAUUGUGGGACAACCUUGUAACUGAAGGGAAAUUAACUUGGUAUCACACACAGAUAUUGGUACAUCUUCUGAACUUUUAUGAACAGUUUACUCUAUUUCUUCGUACAAGAUGUGUCGCAAACACUUGCCCUCCAGUGGAAGCAAACUAUACUGCUUUACUUGCAUCUUUUGUGGAAAUCUUUCUACUGAGAGCAAAACAAGGAGGUGAAUUUAAGAGUAUUGUGAACAUAAAUGGUGUACCUACAUCUGCAGCUCCUGCUUUACGUCUUGUUAAUGUGGGCAGUUUGCAGGACAUUGAAAGAAACCUGUGUCUGUGUGUCAUUGCUGUGGUUGAGGUGAAAAGGACAGCCAAACGAAGUGGAUCUUCAGAAAAAUUUGACAUUCAUUCUGCACUUUGGGAUGAUGUUCUUGCACAGCAUGCUGGUGAACUACUGCUUGAAUAUCAAAAUACACAAUAUGCCAGCAAAGAUUGUGAUACCAAAGUGAUAUUGGGAUUCAUUUGCUUGGAAACAACGCUUAUUUUCACUUGGUUGGAGCUUAGUGACAUCCAUUAUGCAGACAUUAAAGAGGGCAACUUGUUACAGGAUGACAGUAAAGAUGAGGAUGAAAAGGAAAUAAAAGACAAGAAAGAGAGUGGAAAAAUAUCAUAUACUAAACCAUAUGAUUAUCUUUUGAAGGAAGAUAGAGAACAGAUCCUUGAUUUUUUGUAUGAAUUGGCAUUUCAAUCAGAAGAAAGAUUUUCUGCUAGCAAAAAAAGAAAAUCUUAGUUUUAAACUUAUAUA